CGCGAGAGUGUAGAUGUUGAUCGCAUCUCUAUCCGUCGCAUCAGACCACAGGAGGAAUAAGGAGAAGAAAAGACAGAGCAGAAACACAAGACACGCUUUUCGAUCGCAGCGGCAACUACACGUCGCCGCACGACUUCGGAUACCUACUUUCACUCCCACCCAACUGGGACAGGGAUAACCACCAGCUCCUAGGCCUGGGCCGUUUUUAACGACUAGAGGACCCCAAGUCGGUUGCCGCCAACCACCUACCUUCCCGAUCAUCCAUCCCAAAGGGAGCUGCAAUGAUGCAGCAAGCCGACCUGGGCAGUGCCCUCGCCGCCGCCGCAGUGCUGGGAGCACUGCUGCCAUGCGCCGUCGACGCAACGCUUCUCAGAAGGGAAAGAGACAUGGUGCAUAGGAUAGAAAAAACCCAUGUCACCGAGGUCAAGGAGCUCCACAAGCGCGCGCUGCAAUGCCCAGUUGGCAACCGCAUGUGCCCUGAGUCGGUAGGCGGCGCAUGCUGUCCAGACUCCUACGCCUGCGCCAAAGACCACUGCUUCGCAACCACGGCUGGCAGCGGCGUGGUAUGUGGUAAACAGGGGUAUUAUGCCUGUCCUGCCUCGUUGGCAGGUUGCUGUCCCCAAGGCUAUAUAUGUCAGAGCGCGGGAUGCGGCAUACCGGCGGGCGCGACAUUGGCGACCCUUCCUUGUCCCACUGACAUGAUUAGCUGUCCUGCCAACCUUGGUGGAGGAUGCUGCCGCACCGGCAUGGGCUGCGGCCUGAAUAUGUGCACCUCCACGGACCCCAAGACGUUCACUUUCACGAAAACAGAGACUAUCACCGAAAACUCUCGGCCCACCACCAAGACGACCACGGUGACAACAACAUCGAUACCGCCAGAGCCGACCGGCCUCCCAGAUGGUACCACCAACCUCCCCAAACUCUUUGUCACGCAGCUUGACAAGAUCCAGCCGUCCGAGGUUCCCACUGGGGAUUCAGGCGGGCUCACGACUGCGCAGAUCGGCGGUAUCGCGGGCGGCGUCGGCGGCCUGCUUGUCGCCGUCUUGGUCGCCACCUUCUUGAUCAUUCGGCGGCUGAAGAAGACACAGCAGGCGGUAGACGAGUCUCGUCGCGGCUCCUCGGCAGCUACGAGGACGAACCGAUCGCACAAGCACAUGACACAGUCCUCAUUCGGCGGCGGUAUCGCCGGCUACCCCAAGCCCACGCCUUCACAAAUCGAUGCCAUGGAGUACGACGACCUACUCCAGAGCAACGCGUCCACGGCGCUGCAGACACCCAUGCAGAGCACUGGCGCGCCCGCCUCCACCAUCGGAGGGCGCGUUUCGUCCGAGAUCACUCCCUCGUCCCGGCCCACGCCCAACCCGGACGGCAGACACACCAGUGACUACUUUGACAUGCCCGAGGCCAUACGGAACGGGACGUCGAACCCUCGCCACUCGGUUGGGAUGAGUACCAACUUCAGGUCCAGCAUCGACUCGCAAGGCACCGCGGUAGCGGCCGAGAUGAUGGGGUCGCUGGGUCCACCCGCGCCCCUGACGGCCGCGGCCAUCGCCCAGAACCAGCGCUUGCAGCAGCAGCAGGACAGGUCGCGGCGCCACCACAGCAACAGCAGCGUCAGCGUCCAGUCGUGGGGCAGCCACGAGCUCACGAGCGACAGCGGCCUCGGCUCUGCCGGCCUGCCUGCCGAGCUGGUCGGUCAGGGCUCGCACGCCUCGGAGCUGCCCGUCGAGCAGACCAGCAGCGAGCUCGCCGGCAGCAGCGUGCCGCCGCAGGUCCGGAGGCGAUCCACGGGCGACGGCACCACCAGCCCCGGACCCGUGACGCGGCCCCCGGCGACAUACCAGAGGGCGGCGGCCACGGGCAACCUGGACGUCGUCAACGAGUCGGCUGCCGAGAUGCAUGGCUACUACGGUCCCCCGGACGCUAUGUCGGGCCAGACCCAUGUCCCCACCGACCUCAGCUCACCCGUUGUAAUACCCUUUAACCAAAGCCUAUCGCCUAACUCCCCUGGCAGCGACCCGAGCAAUCCUCUACGAGGAUAAGGUGGCGAGAGGCAUAUUCCCUUGUAUUUUGCUAAUGAUUAUUCCAACGCCCGGCUUUCGCUUGUUUGUCUCUCUUUGUAUAUACGCGGCCGAGGUUUCUUCGUAGGACGGAUGGGAUGGGACAUAACAAACCAGGUAUGGUUGAUUGGACAUAUCGGGCGCUGUGCAGGGUUUUGGGCUCGAGCGGGUAGACUUUGGGCGUCCCCUCGCUAUUCCCAUUUUCAGGCGCAGUUUUGCUGUUGACAUUUCAUCAAAUAUCUUGUCCCUGUUCUACGCCGACCCAGAAUAUAUCGACAAGGUCCUCUCCA